CAACAAUCAGACUUCGUCGUGUGGCUCCAUAAUCGAACCACUGAGAAUAGAGGGGCGCCCUCUCUGUGCCGUUUCGAGCCAUGGCUUCGUCAGAGCAGCCCCUCAAGAAGCGAAAGCUUUACGAGACUCGACCGGAAACACCGCCACCAGAGAAACCGCCGGAAACCUCAGCGCAUAGCACUCUAGCUCCACCACCAACACCGCCACCACUGUCCCAAGAGGAAAUUCUCGCUAGACGGAGAAACAGAGAUGAGAUUAAAAAUGUGUACGAUAUUUACAAGCGCCUCAAGUUCUGCGUUGCUCAGAAAGAGGGGCGCCACAUGCCAGACCUCGAACAAUCUUAUCUUUCUCUCGUUACUGCUUCGAGAGGUUGUACUAGCGCACAACGUAUUGUAGCUGAUCUCAUUCCUCGAUAUGCAUCGUACUGUCCAACUGCUCUUGAAGCUGGUGCUAAAGUUGUUAUCAAUAUGCAUAACUGGAGCAUGGCAAUAGUCAAUAGAGGAGAGGAUUUUGAUGGUAUGGCAAUGGAAACUGCUAAAGCCUGUAUUUUUGGUUUAGCUGAUAUCUGCCACACUGCUUCUUCGGAGUCUCGAACAUCAUCUGUAAUCCGAGGCAUCUGCUCUGCCGUGUUUCAGAAUGUGCUCUCCUUUUUCAUCUCCUCCUUUCAGGGAAAGGACAUCUUUCAGAUUGUUGAUAAGGAAAUAUUGGAGAUGCAGAGUUCUCGUGAGGUCUUCUCUGAGCUAAAGCAAAAGUUUUCUGGGGAAGAUAGAUCUUCAAUGGUUAAGUUAUCCAAGUUUCACGCAUUAACUAUGCUUUGGAUAUUCUUUUCUUGUCCGAAAAAUAUGCUUGCCGCAUGUUUUGAACUCUUCAAAUCUGCUUCUCCUGAAGGCAUACAUGAAGCACAGUGCUUUCUUAAUUGGGUGACCAGCAGGCUUGAUGAUGAUGAUGAUGUUGUACCUCAUCCAUUAAAUGAAGCAUGUGAUAGAUCAGCAUCAUGCAAAAGCAGUAAUGAAACAAGUGUGAGAGGCAGUGAAGGUAAUGGUGAGGAACUACUAUCUGAUGGCAACCAUGUUUCAGCUGAUUCCCAUUCUGUCCCACGGAACUGCUUGUUGCACAUGGUUCUUGGUAACAAUGCAUCGUUGAGAAGUUGGAUGUUUUUAAAAUAUAAAAAUCUAUGUAACAUGCAAUCUUCCGUAGAUGCAUCAGAAAUUAGAUCUUCUCUAGAAGGGAUCUUUGACUCAUAUACAGAACUUAGUAAACUAGAAGGCAGCCAAAUGGACAGCGAUGAGGAUGAUUCUGAUACCUCAAAACUUGUCAGCUGGCAACACAUGGUAUCUAAGAUCUCUAAUCAACAUGAAAUCUUGGCUGAACUACCUGGUAAAGAUGGCACUUCUCAUGAUAAUGGAGGGUCAAGGUCCAUGGAUUUUGAGAUGAGUGAUCCUGCAGAUUCUUCACAUGUCAGGUCUUCCCUGCGCAGAGACUUAUUCAACCAACAGAUGCUUUCACCUGUAUCAAGAACCGCAUUAGACUCCAGGAGCAAUUCAUUUGAAGGUAGAAACCACAAUGUUCAUGUUGACAAGAAUUCAUUUCCAAACAUGGAUUUCAGCUCAUCUGCCUUAAGAUCUGCUAGCGGAACCAUAAAUAAUGCUUUUGCUUCUCCUAAACAUCAUUUGGGGGCAACACAUGCUUCAAUGCCUCAAAGUGUCUGGUUCUGUGAUGGGGACCCUGCUGCAGUGGAUAUUUUCUCUGCUUCUAGACAGCUCUGGUUGGGUUCUUUAGGCCCUGAUACAUCUGAAGCCCAUCUGAGGUUUCAACUUGAGAGGUUUGGUCCUAUAGAACAGUUUUUCAUGUUUCCAAUGAAAGGAUUUGCCAUGGUGGAGUACAGGAGCAUGAUUGAUUCCAUAAGGGCCCGGGAAUAUAUGCGUUGCCAUUUUCCUUGGCAGAUAAAGUUCAUGGAUAUAGGAUUGGGAACUAGGGGUGCCAUGAAUGGUGUUGCAAUUGGUUCUAGUUGUCACGUUUAUGUUGGAAAUAUAUCUAGCCAGUGGGCUAGGGAUGAGAUUCUGCAUGAAUCAAGGAAAGUAAUUUACAAGGGCCCUUACAUGGUCACUGACCUUAGCAAUGAAGGAGCAUUAUUAAUGGAGUUUGAAACUCCUGAAGAAGCUACUGCUGUCAUGGCACAUCUCCGGCAGCAUCGGAAGGAAAAAAGUAAUCAUCUGCCUCUUUUUAAUGCCGGAUCAUCUAAUGUUGCUUUGCCUCAAUUUGAUGGUGGAAGAUCAAUGACAGCCCCUAUCCCUGCUGACAUCAGAACCAAUAAUUCUGGAAGCAUGUGCAAGAUCGAAUCUCCUCGUGCUCAAACUACAAUUGAAAGCCCUGCUGACAGUUGUAGGACAAGGAUGUCUCACUUGUCUUCUUUACUUGCAUCAUUACGUACGAAGUAUAACAUUAACCAAAACCCAAAUUAUUUUGACAAUAAUAAAUCUGGAAGCAGCAAUGUGGCUUCAGCAAGUGAUGCAGACCGACUGCCAUCUAGCACGCUUUGGAUUUACAUUCCAAAUGUUAGCUCCCCUCUCAUCACAGAUGAUGAACUAAUGGCUGUUUGCAAUCUUGCUAUUGCUAAUGUUGGAUCUAUAAUUAGGUUGAUGAGAGUAAACAUGCAGAUGGGAUCUGGUUGGAUUAUUGAUUGCAGCAACGUUGAUGCCGCAAGCACUGUUUUGAAAAAUCUUCGAAAUUGUCCUGGAAUGUUCUUGCAGAUUGAAUUCAGUCAACCGGGAAAGAACUAUACUGUGCCAUUCUCAAUAAAGUCUGAUGGAAGCCCUAUGGAGCUUGUAUCACCCAGAAUGAAAUCAGAGAAUCAUGGGACUGCAGUACAAGCCUCACGUUCAUUUAGUGGGGUUGACCCUUCACAAGGAGGUGGUCGUGCUGUUUCUAGUGCGACUGAGCAAAUGUGGAUGUACAAGAAAAAUGAGAUUGAGGUACAUCCUGCACCUGGGAUCAUUCCAAGCAUGCCAAUAGGAACUCAGGGACGACCUAUCCCCCCACCACAGCAGUUCCAGCCAUCUCAAUUUGUCAGACCUGUUUACCAUCCUCCAAACAGUCCAUGGGAUCCACGAGGUUUAAAUCAUCAUGUUCCUUUGAACCCAAUUCCGCCGGUGAUAAUGCCUAAUAGCUUUCAGGGCGCUACAGUUGCUCCUCCUUUUAUACCUGCUUCUGUCACUCCAUUGGCACAGCUACAACGACCCCCAAUGCAGCAUUUUGACCAAAUGUUCUCCUUACCUGUUGCUCCACCGCCUUUGUCAUCUAUACCGCCUCAGCCUGACAUACCCCCUCCACCUCCACUGCCCCCUCCACCUGUUGUAUCGCUGUCUUUAGUGCCUCAGCCGGAAAUACCCCCACCAUUGCCACCAUCCCCCCCUCCUGCUCCUCCUCCACCUAGUUCACCUCCACCGCCUCCACCUAUUUCAGAAUCAAUUGAUGUGGAAAGCUCUGGAAGAUCCAAGCAACAUCAGUGGCAGGGCACACUAUGUAAAAGCGGGGUUCAUUAUUGCUCUAUUUAUGCAUAUAGAGUUGAUUCUGAUAUUUGCAAAUAUUCAAAUCCACUUUCUGAACCAGUGGAAUGGCCCUCCAGACUAGAUAUGACCAAACGCACAGAUUUUCGGCAUGUGAAAUCAACAUUUAUGAGUACUCCACCACAUAAAAGAGAGGUGUGCCAGUUGAUCCCCUCUUCAAUGAGUGACCAAAAAGGCUUUCAGGAUUUCAUAUCAUACUUGAAGCAAAGGGAAUGUGCUGGAGUUAUUAAAAUCCCAGCUGUGAAAUUCAUAUGGGCAAGGCUUCUCUUCAUACUUCCUUACUCGCAUGAAAUAUGUUCAAUGCUCUCAAUUAAGCCAGAUUCAUCCAACUGCCUGAUAGCUUUGGUUUUGCCCAAAGAAACGAAUUUUGAAUGGGCAUGCCAUCUAUAUGAUAACAGUUGUGAUGAUGAGAAGAAACCAAACUGUUUCCAGUUACCAACUGCAGAAUGGUUGCAAGACAAAAAUCAAUUUGAUAGAAUGCUGUUACCGAAUUCUGCUACCUAUCCAAAGGGGAGGAUUCAGAGAGGCGUUUCUUGGCUUGUGUCAACUGCUUCAGCUUGGGAGCCAAACCUUCAUAUUUUACCCGCUAUUGCUCUCUUCCUCGCUGUGUGUCCGUCUCAUCUCUCAUUUCUUUAUUGCGAACUCAGAAAACAUAUUAACAUGUCGCGCCGUAACUCUCACAAUGAAAACAAGUCUCAGCAUGACUGGAACAACAGCAACAACAGAAAUUUCUCAAAAAACAACAAGAAAUUUGUCCCUAAAAAUCAAAAUCAAAACCCUAAUCCUAAUCCUACGCUCUCAAAUUCUCUUAGAGAAUCGGUCUCAAAGCAAUCCGAGGUCGUUGCUCCAACAUCGACCGGCAAUACUGGCGCAGCGUCAUCCAGUAGGGUCCGGAUGGGGGAUAAUGGAAAAUGGGUGUCGAGCAGAGCAGUAGCUGGACCUCAGGACACUGGCAAUUUCGUGAACUACUUGCCGCAAGAUGAGGCGGUGGCAGCUGGACUUGGUGCCGAGGAAGGAGGAUUGGAUCCAGUGGAGUCGCAGCGAGUUGUGGACCUUUUGAACAGGGAGUUGUCUCGGUUGCUCAAGUUGAGCCCUAGAGAGUUCUGGAGAGAAGUGGCUAGUGACACUUCCUUGCAUGAGUUUCUGGACAGUUUCCUAAAAUUUAGGACUAGAUGGUAUGAUUUCCCACAUCGUGGAGCUAAGGGCAUGAUUGCAGGCAUCAUAGUCGGAGAGCACGAGUUAUGUCGCCGUGUUUUCAUGGUAUUGUAUCGCAUAUCUUCCAACAGGGACCCAGGUGCACGUGCUGCUGAUACCCUUACUUCAAGAGAUCAUGCAGUUCUUUUGCAGGAAAAAAGGUUGCUCGACUUGCCUAAAUUGUUAGAUAUAUGUGCUAUAUAUGGUCAUGAGAAUGAAGAAUUGACAAAAUUGCUGGUUGAGAAUGCUUUGCUAGCGCAGCCCGGGAUCCAUGGUAAUUUAACUGCUGUAAUGUCUCAUUUUCUGGGCAUCAUUCACACAAUGUAUCAGCGUUGCAUCUCAUCUUUGGAGGCGUUAUUUUCCUCUGGAAGCCAUGAAGACCUUGGAUCUAGUUCUCUUCGUUAUGAUUUCUUAGAGGUGAUGGACUUUAUAAAUGAUGCAAUUGUUUCCAUGGAUGCUUUUGUUAAUGCAUACAAACCAGCAGCUGUAUUCUUUUCAUGCCCUAUAGAAAUGAGUUAUGGGAAUGAGGAAUUGUUGAUCAUGCUUGCGAAAUUGCAUGAUACUCUAAUUCCCUCCUUGCAGCGGGGCUUUCGCAUCAUCUUUGCGGGAGAUGAUGAUGGAAUUAUAUCAAAUGUUGCUGUUAGUUUGAAGAUGUUGUCUAUUAGGAUUGUCAAGUUUGGUUGGAAAUUAUUGGAUUUUUGCUAUUUAAGCAAUGAAAUGUCCUCAGAUUGCCUUCCCAUUCCAGCUAUAACAAAAAUGUUUCCAGCAAAAGUAGAGGACCCAGUCAUAAGAGCAGAUAUAUUGAUUCAAACCUUUAGAGAGAUCAGUGGAGUUCUAUUGUACACUCAGGAGAACCAACACAGGGAUACAUUUCUGCAGAAUAUUGAUAAGAAUUACCAUUUAAUGAAGAGACUACAGAGCUUACAAAGUGCUGGAUGGAUAUUCAUGGAUGAUGAACACUUCCACUUUUUAUUGGGGAUAAUAACAUCUUCUCUAAAAGGUACUGUUAAGGAGCAACUGAUUUUGCCAACCCCUGUUCCAAACAGCAAAGUUGAGAUGGAUGAAGAUACAGCCAUCAAGGAGUCCAAAAUCAGUCAAAUAAAGGACCUAUUUCCUGAUUACGGGAAGGGAUACUUAGCUGCCUGUCUUGAAGUCUAUAACCAGGAUCCAGAAGAAGUUAUUCAGAGGAUACUUGAGGGGACUCUCCAUGAUGAUCUGAAAUGCUUGGAUACAUCGUUGGAAACGAUGCCAAUUGCUAAGUCAGCUUCAACCAUGAGCAAAAAGGAUAAAGGGAAAGGAAAAUUAGUUGAAUCUACACCAGCCCCCUCAGCAAAUCCAAUUGACUCUACUAAUACAGUGGUGGCCAGAGGGAGGGAAUCUGAGAGUCCCUUUGUUUCAUCGUCAUCUACAGUGGGGAGGUUUGUUAGAAAAUCUAAUGAUGAGCCAAGUUAUACCCUUGAUAAUAAAGAUGACAUGGAUGCUGCCAGGACUAUGGCCAUGACUCAACAGUAUGAGUAUGAGGAUGAAUAUGAUGACUCCUUUGAUGACCUAGGUCUGAGUGUUGCAGAAUCAGGGUUUGAGGAGAACGGAUUGUUAAGUGACAAAAUCAGCUAUAAUUUGGGGAAAUCUACAAGCUCCGAAACAGAAAAUUCAGCUCAAGCUGCUCCUAAUACAAAAUGGGGAUCGAGGAAAAAGCCGCAAUAUUAUGUCAAAGAUGGAAAGAAUUACAGUUACAAGGUUGCAGGUUCAGUUGCGGUUGCAAAUUACAAUGAAGCUUCACUAGUUAGCCAAGCACAGGGAGAAUUAAUUUAUGGUCUUGGGCAAGGUGGUAACAUUCCUAUAGGUGCAGUGAAGAAGUUGACAGAGUAUCAGGAGCAGGAAGCACAAAAGGAAUCUGAUGAACCUGAGAUGGGAGGCAGGGGGAAUGCAAGGAAUCCCACGGGUAGAGGUUGGAGGGGUGGAGGACGAGGAGGUGGAAGGCUGAAGGAGUCACAUGAAGAGCAAGAUAACCAAUCUGAGGGUUCUGAAGUGGAAGGGAGAGGAAAUGCAGGAAAUUCCAGGGGCAGAGGAAGAAGAGGAAGAGGAAAUAACCAUUACAGGAAGGACAGAGCCAUAAAUAAGCAUUUUUCUGGGUUAUCUGGAUUUUAGGUCUCUUGGAGAGUGUAUCCUACGAGCAAAGUUUUCAAUUUUAGCAAAGACCUAUUACCUCAGAUAUAAACACAACUGUAUAGUUUGGUUACCAUUACACUAAGUAGGGAUUUUGAUUCAAAAGCAAAGCACUGUUCCUAUUUACCAAGUUUUAGUGCGUCCUUGAAAGGAAAUGAAGAAGAGGGUGCCAGUGCCGGUGUUGGUGCCCAGCGCGUGCAAAUUUGCUUUCCCCCUUCCUUUUUUGUCAUGCGCAUGGUUGACACCCUGAAAUUUUUUUUUUUAAGUUGACAUGCCAUACGUUAAAUUAUUUUUUCCUCUUUUGGCGGAUUGUUUACAUGUGGUUCUUCAUAUGAACCUGUUUCAAACGCCAAAUGUUCAGAUUUGCGAAUAAUCCGCGCAGUGGCUGCGUGAAUUCUUGAGUUGUUUUUCAACGGUCGACUCGGAAUUUUACUCAAAUUACCAUCCUGCCAUUCUCUGUUUUA